UUGUUGCCUACCGGACAGUGUGGCAGCGCCCUGACAAGUCCCAAUACGCCUCUGAUUUAUUUCUAGGUUAGCUUUCCGGAGAAAUAUUUCAAAUUACUAAAAAGUGUUAGGAGCCGUUAUUUAUUAUGUCUCUCCCGAAAACGUCCACCACAUCGCUAAAUUCUGCAUCGAGGCUUGAGGGCAAAAAAUUAAAAGUAUCUGCAGCCAAGGAAGAGACAAGAGGACUUCCUGAGCUAAGAGAGAGAAAAACUAUGGUGGAUCGCUCAAAACCUCUUCCUACAUCCCUCCAAAAUGAGUUCAUCCCCGAGGAAGUUCUUCUUUCUCUGACCUAUGCAUCCAAUGCUGGUGCUUGUCCUGAAAACUUACUGCCUCCUAAGAAAGUUAAAACCCCAAAGGGUAGUCUUCUACGCCCUGUAGACAAAGUCUGGCAUCACCCUGUUCGAAGGAACAAGUUCAAAUACCUGAUUGACCAUCCCGUCUCCCUAACAGGUGCUGGAAGGGAUAUUUCUUUUCUGUAUGAUGUUAAAUAUUUUAAAGGAGAGACUAGGGAGAAUACAGUUUGUCCCCCACGUGAGGAUCAUUCAUUACAGUCACAAGAUGGUAUCAUUGUGCCUCAUCAGCCAAAGAGACUAACAGAUACUUUGAUUCCUGAAGAAUUUCAUAUUGUGUCCAGUACAGGAGUUUCAGGUUUGGAGUGUUAUGAUGACAAAUACACCACACUGCUUACAGAUAGUGAAAACAGGCUAUUGCUCUUCCCAUCCAUGAAACCUAAUAAAAGAGUAGAAGUGGUCCAGUUGAAUAAUGUAAUGGAUGCAAUGCUAGAAAGGGCUGGUGUGGAAAACCAGGAAUAUACAGGCCCAACCCAGAUGCACAAACUGCUACAUGUAUUGAAGAAGGAACAGAACAUUUAUAAUACAAUAUUUCAUGAACUUAUUCGACAAGUCAGUGUGGAUUGUGCAGAUAGAGGAGAAUUACUAUCCAAAAUCAGACAGAGGUAUGUACAAAUGCUUGACCAAUUCUCCCAGCAGAUGAUUGACUUCUAUAAAGACUUGGUGACUCAGCGACUGUUGGACCAACGCAUUUUAGAAGAAUUGUACAAUUUCAAGAAUGUUAUUGAGGAGCUGACCAGGGAGCUGUGUCUGGUUAGGGCACAUGAUAUAAAAUUAACAAAGGAAGCAAAAAAGGCCCAUAAGGAUUUGGCACAAGCUCUUUUAGAUGCUGAAAAGAAUGCCAAAAUUGUAGAAGAAUAUCAUGAUUUGCAUAUACUACAAAGAGGAAGAAUGGAGAGUGAUAUCAGACAGUUAAUGGCCGAAAGAGAUAUCUGGAGCUCAGCCACAUAUGACCUGGCCCUAAAGGUGAUCGAAAGAAAUAAGGUUAUAUUGGCUAAAAGACUUUAUCUCAAUGAAAAAGGCUGGAAUAAGUACACUAAGCAUUUCAUCAUACUGUUGUCAACCAAGGACACUGCAGAUCUUGCACUAUUGCAGAAGUUGACACAGAAAUGGAGAAACUCAAUGAAUAUGUUUAAACAGGAAGUGGAACAAAGUGAAGAAAAUACAAGGGAGAAAUUGCAAACUGUUAAGGAUGGCCUUAUCAAAUGGCAACAGUUCUUCAGAAAUAAGAAAACAGAAGACAAUUUAUUUUCUACUAAGGGAAAUAUAUUGGAGUCAAUUCUUCAAGACUACAAGCUUUGGGAAAAGAUGCUGAAUGAUGACAAAGAAAAGUUUACAGGGGAUAUUCUAGUGUCAAAAUAUGAUUCCCUUAAGAUUAUUAAACAUUUACAGGAAAACUGGUCAGAUAUUGGGCUUGGAAUAUUUGGUCGGCAUAAAAAUAUGGAGGGGAAGUUGCCCCCAGAGCGACAGCAAAUGGAGGAAAUUAUCAAAAGCAUAGGAAGACUCUACAAAGAAUAUGAAAUACGAAUAAAUGGGGACAAUGGUGUGUCUAAAAUGCUUUCAAAUUUGAUCAGUUCUCUUGAAUUGUGCUCUUACAAGAUAGAACAUGUCAUGAAGAUCCCUGAAGUGUUUCCUGAAGAAUGGAGUAGAAUCAAUGAAAAAAAUAAUGAAAUGAUAUCUCAGUUGGAGGCAUCGUCAAACAUUAUUGGUAUUGUUCCACAGUACAUGGACAUGGAAUAUGGCUCGAUACUCCAAGCACAUAUAUUUAACAUGAUUCAACAAUGGCUUUUGAAGAUAGGCAAUGAAAUUGACAAUGGUAACAUUGAACUUCAGCGCCACAUGGAUGAAUUGCAUAUAUCUAUGAUCCAGUGGAUGGUAAAUUUGCUGAUUUUAAUGAUACCUGACUUUACUGAUCAAGACACUCUCCCAAUGUCAGAGGAGAAAAGUGCUGAAAAACAAGAAAUAGGAAUUACAAGUUUAGAGCUAGAUGCAACUACACUGGCAAGAAAGUUGGCCCAAUACACUGUUUAUUUGAAUAGUUGUUGCAAAGGGUUGGUAACAGCAAUGGCUCUGAGUAAAGCAGCUCAUUCACAAAAGGAUCCUAAUAAGGAACUUCAUGAGUUGGAAAAAAUGAAGAGAGAAUGUUUUGAUUGGAUCCAUACAUGCACUCUUCUUCUUUCUGAGAUCAAAGGCACGAGAAUAAUGAUAAUGACACGAGAAGAAAUAGAGCACCUAUUUGGAGAGGAGGACAUUGCAAAAGAAUUAAUUGAGCCUGAAUUAGACAAACAUUUUAAAGAGGAUGAAAAAAGUAAGGAGGAUGAGAAACCUCAGGAGGAAAAGAAAGAAGAGAAAGUGAAAGAGGAACCUUCAACAUCGACAAAGAGUGAAAAAAUCCUAAGAGUCAUUGGAAUAGAUGAAAAUGUUCAUUCUAAACCUCUAUUUGGAAUAGAUGAAUUGUCUUCCUGGAGAGAAUCAGUUAAUCAAGAUACAACGGCCCAAAAGAAUAAGUAUCUUGAAGCAAUGGCUAUAAUUGAACGUAUGCAGGAAAAGUUAAUGGAGGUUGAAAGCAGAGCCAGGCAGGCAGAAGAGAAGUUUGAUGAUGCAAAUGAGAAACUUCAUUAUACCCUAAUAAAAAAUAAAGAACUGGAGAAAGAACUAGAGGAAUUAUUCUUGAAGUCAACAAAGAAGGAUGCUGAAGGAGAAAGAGAAGAAGAUGAUGAAGAAAAAGAAGAAAGAGAUGAAAAGGAAGAAAAAGAAGAGGAAGAGGAAGAAGAUGAAGUCAAGCCAAUAGCAAGUACCUCAAAAUCGCUAAAGAAAGACGCACCACACAAGGAAGGUACUCCCAACGCUAGAUCUAAAUCCCGGAGUAAAUUCAAUAGCAAGCUCAAAUCCAAGCAGCAUCAAUAGCAAGCCAUGGUUCUCAAUGGCUACCUCCACUGAACGCUAUCCCCAGUGUCUCUAGGCUAGAGAGCUAUGUGGCUUUGCAACAGCCACUAGAAAAGCUACGACAAUACAAAACGAAGAGCAAUUUUUUCUUUAAAAGUCACAAUAAUUGCU